UUGAUCUCCAAAGAACUAUGGAGAAACGUAGAAAAUUUUUCAUCGUGAAAACAUCUGCUUGUGAAUUACGUGCACUAAACUAUAAUAAUGUAAGUAAAAAUGAUAAAAUUGAAGAAUCUGCAGAAGGAGGGCAAGCAAUUACUAAGAAAAUGUCAGAGUCAACAAGUUCAUCAAGAUCUAGAAUUAAGAAUCUUAAGGUGAAAAAAUUGCGAACCUGUGAACUUUGCCAGAAAACGUUUACCAGACCUUAUAGUCUAAAAGUUCACAUGCGAAUCCAUACGGAUGAAAGACCAUACUCUUGUGAAUUUUGUCCUCAGACAUUUACUCAAUCUGGCGCGAUAACUAAACAUUUAAGAACCCAUACAGGAGAAAGACCAUAUGCUUGUGAAUUGUGUUCACUCACAUUCUCUCGUGCGGAACUUAAAAGUAGACAUUUGAGAAACCACACUGGUGAGAAACCAUAUUCAUGUGAAAUUUGUUCUCGAGCAUUUUCUCAUUCUGACCAUUUAGAUAGACAUAUGAAAAUCCAUAAUGCUGGCAAUAAAGAGUACACCUGUGAAUUUUGCCCACAGAAAUUUUCUCGAUUGAUGCAGCAAAGACAACACUUGAGAACACAUACCUUAUUCUUAGAAAUAGACUCGAACCAAAAUAUGGAAAAACAUCCCGAACUAUUCAUUGAAGAGAAACCCUCUUGUGGAUCAAGUAGCCAAGAUUGCUGCACUCAAGAACCAGAAGAUACAAAAUCAAAUGAGGAUCUCCCCAUAGUUGAAGCACCUGAAAAAAUAUCUACAAUAUCUCCAGAAUUGGUUGAUCCUUAUACAGAAUUGAAAAAGAAAAGAGUAAUUCCUUGCGAGAUUUGCGGAAAGAUGUUUUCAACCUCUACUUGCCUGAAAACUCAUAUGAGAAUCCACAGUGCUGAAAAGUCAUAUACUUGUCAACAUUGCCCUAAGGUUUUCGCCACGGAAUGGAACUUGAAGAUACAUUCAAGGGUUCACUCUGGUGAAAAGCCAUUUGCUUGUGAGUAUUGUUCAAAGACUUUUUCUCAGUCGUCAACUUUGAAACAGCACGUAAGGUGUCAUACUGGCGAAAAGCCAUAUUCUUGUCAACUUUGUUCAAAGUCUUUUGCGCAAUCUUCGGUUUGGAGGAGGCAUUUGCAGAUUCAUACUGGCGAGAAACCAUAUUGGUGCAAGUUCUGUUCGACUGCGUUUGCUGAUUGGACGUCUCUGCACAAUCAUUUAAAACGCCACACGGGCGACAAGCCAUACUGUUGCGAAAUUUGCUCAAGGAGCUUUACUCGUUUUGAUGCAAUGAAAAGACACGUGUCGUUUCCCUUCGUGGUGUCUCAACUCUUCACGCUAAUGAAAAUAUGCACUGUAUCUGCGGACAAGAAGAAACAGUCUUAA